AUGCCAGAAAAAUCAUAUGACUAUGGGCCUGAUCUGUCACCAGAGGACUGGAUAUAUGAUGAACAAUAUUCAGGGCAUGCCAGGACAUUUCUGAAUCAAGUACUACAGCAAUAUGUGUCUGACAUGCUGCAGAAGGUUGGACAGGCAAAAUGUGGAUGGGAGCAUUCUCCUCUGACACAGAAUGAAUGGCGGAUGGUUGACAUCUGUAUCAUGAAAGAAAAUGAUCUUGGAGGAGUGUUGACACAUGCAAGAAUGCAUGAAGGAACAGAGAGCCAGUGGGAUUCACUGUUUGACAACAUCUUCCAGACUCCGAAUGAACUGAACAUGAGGAAACAAUGGUCUGCAUGGAGUAACUGGGGAAAGAUGAAAUCAAUAAAGAUGUGGGAAGGAUUUGUGCAUGAUAUGUCUUCUUCACGACAAGUGUGUGUUUAUGAGAAGUCAGGAGGAGAACUGAUUAAACUGGAACAAGUUCGAAAAGAGGAUCUACCAUGUUCAGCAGUCCGUCUUAUCUGGAAUCCAUGGAUAGAGAACUGGAGAUUUGAUAUUAUGAGUGGCCACAUGCCAGCAUUGCAGAAUGUCGAGGAAUGGGGGGAUAGAGAGGAUGAAGAGGAAAUCAUGGCGAUAAUUGAGAGAGAAGAAAGAGAGAAGCAAAAAGAGAUGGACAUGCAGGAAAGAGAAGAUCGCAUUCUCUGA